AUGUUGCUCGCAACGCUUCUGAGCAUUGUGCCUAUUGUUCGCGCAGUGACCCUCAAUGUCACUACUGGAGGAGGCAAUGCAACCAGCCCGAUCAUGUAUGGCCUACUCUACGAGGAUGUCUAUCACUCUGGUGACGGAGGCUUGUACAGCGAGCUGAUCCAGAAUCGCGCGUUCCAAGGCACUUCGGUCAACAGUAACCAGGGUCCCUAUCAAAAUCUCCAGUAUUGGCACACUCGUGGAUCUGAUACUCUGAAUCUCGACAACGAGUCUCCGUUCCUGACCAGUGCGCUUCCGUGGCAUAUGAGAGUUGACGUGGCCAACGACGCAGCUGGCCCAACCGGAUUUUGGAACGAGGGCUAUUGGGGCAUGAAUGUGACGACGGCAACUCGGUAUACUUCAAGCUUCUAUCUCCGAGGCGGAUACAAGGGGGAGAUAUUGGCUGCAUUUUGGAGCAAUACAACCGGGUCUAUGCUUGGAAGCACGUCCUUCAGUGUUGACCAGACUGAAGCUGAUGGCUGGGUAUCGUAUUCACAAACUUUCACAGCAGCAUCUUCCGGUCCUGACGAGAAGAAUACCUUUCACAUUACCUUCGACGGAGCCAGCGCUGCCGGCACGAGCCUCCGCUUUCAUAUGAUUAGUGUGUUCCAGCAAACAUUCAAAAAUUCACCCAACGGAUUGCGCAUAGAUCUUGCGGAGGCUAUCAAUGAACUUGGUGGGAAGUAUCUCCGCCUGCCGGGGGGAAAUAAUCUUGAAGGAAUUGCUGCCCCAUACCAAUGGAAAUGGAACGAGACAGUUGGCUCGAUCAUCAGCCGCCCUGGACGUCCAGGGACUUGGGGCUAUAUCAAUACCGAUGGUCUCGGGCUUCUAGAAAUGAUGCAGUGGUGCAUAGAUAUGAACCUUGAGCCUAUUCUUGCAGUGUGGGAUGGCUUGUAUCUGGAUGGGGAUAUUCUCACUGAGACAGACUUACAACCAUAUGUCGACGAUGUUCUCAAUGAGCUAGAGUUUUUGACGGGACCUCAUACGUCAACAUGGGGCGCCAAGCGGGCCUCCUUGGGAUAUCGCGAUCCCUUUAACAUCAAAUAUCUCGAAAUCGGCAAUGAGGAUUUCCUUAAUAAUGGAAUUCCUACCUAUCUCGCCUAUCGCUUUAACAUGUUCUACAACGCAAUUAAGAAAGAUUAUCCUGACAUGAAAGUCAUUUCGUCCAUUUGGGCUGGAUAUUUCACCAACCCACAGCUCCCUGCCAACGUCAUUCAAGAUCUCCACGACUAUUUAUCAGUCGACGAUAUGGUUGCGAAGUUUGAUGGCUACGACCAUGCUGAUCGUAAUUACCCUGUCUUGGUUGGUGAGUAUGCUGCCAUCUACGAUGACCAGCAUGUCAGCCCGAACCAGUUAGACAAUCCAACUUUGCAAUCUGCAACUUCCGAAGCAAUCUACUUCCUUGGCUUGGAAAGGAAUGCCGAUCUCAUUGUCGGAAUCUCCCAUGGUGCCCUGAUUAAGAGUUUGCAUGAUGAACCAGACAAUGUUGCCAUGAUCAAGCAUUCUCCCACCACUCUCGUGCGAUCCAUGAGUUACUACGUAGCCAAGCUUUUUGGCACCAACUUUGGCUCAGAGACCGUCGCGGUCACCGGGGAUGCUGAAUACGGGCCACUAUAUUGGGCCGCCACCAAGAACGAUACUGGGACCUUUUUUAUCAAAAUCGUGAACUACGAUGGUGCUGCCUCGACUCCGAUUACGGUGGUGAUUCCAGGGAAAACAAAUGAGGCCACAUUGAAGACCUUAAGUGCUCCGGAUAAGUACAGCACCAAUACAUUGGGAGAUAUCCAGAGUGUUUGGACUGAGACGAAGGUCUAUGGUUUUGAAGGACAGUAUUCUUUUACGUUGACUGGAAGUUACAUCAGUUCCGUCUUAGUUGUAUAA